GAGGCCAAUUAGAGGCUGGGGUGUAAAAAAAACAACUUAUGGAUGAGCAUGUCAGGGGGCUUAGUGGGGUGGAGUAUAUAAGAAGAACCUGGACAAGCACCAGAAAGACACAAACUGACCAGAGAGAAACUUGACUGAAGCUGAAACUGUGUGACUGCAAAAACAGUACAUAAAAGAUGGCAGACGAAGCUGUUGCAACUCCCGCCGACAAGAAGGCACCUCCCAAGUUCAAGCAGAGGGCUGCUCGUACCUUCAAGAGCAAGGCCCCUAAACCAGGACAGAAGGGAUUCGGAGACGACAUCCCCGGCAUGGAGGGUCUUGGUACAGACAUCACAGUGGUUUGCCCAUGGGAAGCCUUCGGGGACAUGGAGCUCAGCGAUCUGGCAAAAUAUGGAAUUGUGUAGAAACCCUACCGUGUCUUCAUCCCGGCUAUUUUACCACCCUGCACUGAUUUUCCUUUGCCCAGUCCUCCUCUCUCGCCUUGUUCUCCUUCCCUGACCUGAUGUCUUUUGUUGUAUUAGGCCCAUGUAGGUUUUGGGAAAUAUUGCACAAAAAGAAAACAUUAUUCCCAAAGCUAUUUAAAACAGAAAAUUGGUAAAUGUUAUUUUUUAAAAGUGGGUUUGAUCACUGUUAUCACAGUAUAUCAACACUAAACCUUUGAUCCACUCCCAUGCCCAGCCCCUUUGGAGCUCCCUUUUUAUUGUACAGCUGCUUAUGAGAUAUAUAUAUAUAUAUAUAUAUACACAUUUUUAUUUUUAUGAACUAUUGGUGUAAACCUGUGAACUAUCAAAUGGAAGUGAAAGUUGAGUGUGUCAAUAAAUAUUUUCCUCAAAGAAA